ACGCUUUGCAUGUCCUGUUCAAACAAGCCAGCUCCCUGCCAACGCAGACGAGGAAGGGUGGUGAAGGGCAGACAGCUGCUGACUGGUGUCCAUGUGGCAGAACAGACCUGGAGCUGCUGCCUUUCCCCUGUGGAGCGUGAGGACUUGAGGAGGAGGUUGGUUCAGUGUCAUCUUACAUCCUACGAUCAGUGCAGGAAGUGAGCUGCUGGAUGGACUGAACAUGGGGUCAGAUGAGGCUUACAAUUUUGUCUUUAAAGUGGUUCUGAUUGGAGAAUCUGGUGUUGGAAAGAGCAAUCUGUUGUCCCGCUUCACUAAAAACGAGUUCAGCCAUGACAGUCGCACAACCAUCGGUGUGGAGUUCAGCACACGGACGGUACAGCUCGGUGGCUUUACCAUCAAGGCCCAGAUCUGGGACACGGCCGGCCUGGAGCGAUACCGGGCCAUCACUUCUGCGUAUUACAGAGGAGCUGUUGGAGCCCUGCUGGUCUACGAUGUCACCAAACACCUCACCUAUGAGAGCGUGGAGCGCUGGUUGAAGGAGCUGUAUGACCACGCCAACCCUCACAUUGUGGUAAUGUUGGUGGGCAAUAAAACUGACCUGGAAUCAGAGAGGUCGGUGCCCACAGAGGAGGCCAAAGACUUUGCAGAAAAGAAAGGCCUUCUGUUUCUGGAGACAUCUGCCUUGGAGUCGAUUAAUGUGGAGGCAGCAUUUUGCAACGUCUUGGCAGAGAUACACAAGAAGGUGAGCAGCAAGGAGGUGGUUGGAGGCUCCAUUAAUGCUGUGUCCUUGAACAACUCCGGAGCAGAAAACUCGGUAGAGAACAAGCCCUGCUGCAAGAACAUCUGAUCCCCGUCCCUCAGAAGCCCAGGGGCCUCGUUCACCCUCAGCCCUGAGCUGGGGCUUGGAUCUCCAUGGCAACCUCAGAUGCCAAAAUAAAUGGUGAGGUGAUGCCGGAAUGAAACGAGGGAGUCUCACCUGCUGCGUGAUGGCACGGCAAAUUGAAAAGAUGAUUGAGAAUGUGAGUGGACGGAAACACCUUCAGUUUUUAAAGACUCUGCUCACUCAUGCACAAAGGUCGAAGGUGAAACACCAAACUGCCACCAGGGUGAUUAUUUAUAAUCAGCGCAGAAAAUUGACAUGUAAAAACACCGUAAUGUUGAAAUUACAAAUGAUGCAUGACUGUUUUUAUGUUUUCUUUUUUCUUUUUUUCUUAAAAUCAACAGCUUAUUUUACAUUUCCUGACGGUAACUUGCUGCUGAGCAUGAGCUCCGGCUGGUGAACAGUGAUCUUUUAUGCUGAGAAAUAAAUUAUUUUAAUGAA